AUUCCAACAUGAGUGGAAAGGACAGUGACUUGCCGGUAGCUUUUAAGAAAUUUGUGUCGGAGGAUGAAAUAGAAGAACAGAAAAAACGUAGACAAGAAGAAUGGGAGAAAGUGAGAACAGCAGAUCAACCUAUAGAGGCCCCAGAGGAGGAUUAUGACCAUCGAUCACUGUUUGAAAGACUGCAGGAACAGAAACAGAAGAAAGAUGAUGAAUACAAUGAAAAAUAUAAACUAAGUAAUAUGGUAAAAGGACUCGAAGAUGAUGAAGCACAGUUUUUGGACUUUGUUUCUGUAAAACAAGAACAGAUUAUGCGGGCAAGAGAAAAAGAAAAUGAGGAAGCACUAGAGGAAUAUAAAAAUGCAGUGAUGAAUUUGGCCACCACUUCAGCAGCUGCAAAGAAAGACGAUAUCAAAGAAAAAACAAAAACAAAAAACAACCAUGCAAACCUCCAAAAGGUCACAGUCACAGUUGUUAGCAGGAGCAGUGAAGAGGAAAAGGUAGAGAAAACUAUAGGAUCCAGAUCUUCCUGUGAUACUGUUGAUUUUACUGAGGCCAACAGCAACAAUGAAGACUCUACAAAGAAGACCAAGAUAGCAAAUGCAGAGGGGUCAGCUGGAGACAGUAAAAAUCAGCCAAACACCAAUGGGGCACAGACAGCCACUCUCGGCCAAUCAAAGAGGGCGUUACAACAAGGGAAGCCACAGGUUGCCAAGGUGAUUGGCAUUCUGCCUGGAAUGGGUUACUAUACGGACAGUUCUGACUCUGAGGACUCUUCUGCCAGUGAGAAUGAUGACCGCUUGGAUGAAGACGUGUCCACUGUGUCCAAGAUAAAAGGAACGGUCAAAUCUUGUGAGCAGACUUCAUCAGGAGGGCAGAAUCAUUAGCAGCUGAUCACUUAAGACAUAGAGGCCAAUCAGAACAGAAGAUUUGGGGAUCUACUGAUCCAUGGAUCAAAUAUGGUGGACCCUACAUGAAAGAAGAGCCCACUAAUCCGCUGAUGAUCUCUCCACCUCCACACGCGCCGCCCUUGCAGAGGUUUAGCAGUUAAACCUCGGAGCCAUGAUUUUAUAUGUUUAUUGGCGUGUGUGGAGGUGGGGAGACCAUCAGCGGAUUAAUUGGCUCCUCUUUCAAUCAUGUAGGGUCCGCCAUAUUGAUCCGUGGAUCAGUAGAUCCUCGGAUAUUCUGUUCUGAAUGGCCUUAUAAACCCAGAGAACAUAUGGUCACAGUGAUACACCAGACACUAGUACUUCAUAUACACUGGUCUCUUUUUAAAACUUGAUACAGUUUCUAUUAUUGGCAUCAAUAGAGGGAAGUUCACAGUGAAGUGGCUAAUACAUGUUACCUGUGGUUGUAUACAAAAGUUUGGCCAUCGUUUUCGCCUCAUGGAAGUUUUUAGUUAACAUGUCAUAUUUUAUAUAAAUUGGCAGAGAGAAGAGAGUACCCCAUUUAUUCCAAUAUUUGAAGUCUAGUUCAACAUUCAUCGUUUGGCUAAAUAUUUGGAGGUGCAUUUAAAGGUUAUUUCCCUUAAUUAUUUGUUCAUUCUCCAUUUUUGUGAGAGCAAAGAAUAUUUGCAGUGUUUUUAGAUUUAACUUUUGCUUCCUUGACAUGUAUAUAUACAUAUAUUUUUCUGUCAAGGUUAAAGAUUCGGUAAUCAUCGAUUCCUGUAGCUCCGCUGUCAAGCAGAAAUUUGUCAAAUGGUCUCAAGUAACUGGUUCUGUAACAAUUUAGUCAUCUGGAAUUUAUUUCAGUUUUUGUAUAUGCUACAGUCAUAAUUAACAUUUUAAAUGCAUAAAUAAAAUGA